UAUUUGUAUUCAGUUCAACAUCAUAAUUUCCAUAUUCAGACGAGGCAAUUCAGAAAUCGGCCAUGCAGAGCGUUUCAGCGGUCCUUUAUGCAAAGAAUGAUCUUCGUUUAGAAAACAGAAAUGUGGAACAGCCAGAGAAAGAUGAGGUUCUGGUCAAGAUGCAUUCUUGUGGUAUUUGCGGGACAGAUAUUGCAUUCUGGACUCUUGGAGGUACAGGGACAAAGGAGUUAGAAGAUCCCAUAAUUCUUGGACAUGAAUCAAGUGGUACUAUAGAGGCUGUAGGGCCAGGUGUGAUAGACCUUGCCCCAGGAGACAGAGUAGCUGUUGAAUUAGGGUUGCCAUGUCGGAAAUGUAAACUUUGUAAAAAAGGAAGUUACAAUCUCUGUGCUGAAAGAGGUUACUGCUGGGGUGGACUUACCAAACUUACAAGACAUCCGGCCGAUUUCUGUCACAAAUUGCCUGACAGUGUUAGCUUUGAGCAAGGGGCAAUGAUGGAGCCACUAGCGGUGACUGUGAGAGCAUGUAAGAGGGCUGGCGUCUCUGUUGGGGACAAUGUUCUUAUCACUGGGGCAGGUUCUAUUGGAUUGAUAACGAUAGCUGUAGCUAAGGCUUUGGGGGCUUCUAGAAUAUGUAUAACAGAUAUAUCUAAAAGAAGGCUACAGUUGGCAAAAGAGAUGGGCGCUGACUUUACUGUACUCGCCAAGGUUGAUGAAACCGGUCAAGUACUUGCUGAUAAAGUUAUAGAAGCAAUGGGACAACAGGCUGAUAUUGCCAUAGAGUGUAGUGGAGUAGAGCCAAGUUACCAAUUGGCAGUAUGGGCUACUACGUCAGGGGGUGUGGUGGUAGUGGUUGCCUUGGAGCCUAACAUGGUCAGUAUUCCUCUGGUGGAUGCAGCUAGCAGACAGGUGGAUAUUAGGGGGUCUUUCAGUUAUGCUAAUGAUUACCCCGAUGCAUUGGCACUUCUAGCGAGUGGCAGAGUAAACAUUGACCCAAUUAUAACUCACAGGUUCUCAUUUGAUGACACCCUGAAAGCAUUUGACUGUGCCAGAGAUAGAAAUACAGGAGCUGUUAAAGUGAUGAUCAAAAUUCAGGAAUAAGCCAUGCUCG